AUGGACUUUUCGUUUGGUGCGGCCGCCGCCGGCAACGUGGCCAAGGGCGCGGCCGGCGCGGACGCCUACUCGUCCUCGGAUUCGGGGUCGGACGACGACGGCAACACAUACCGCAUGCCGUCGACGAACCCGGGCGACGGCGAGUUUGGCGACUUCAACCCGCGGAAGCGGCGACGGACGGGGCGCGACGCCAAGGAGAGCGCGGCGCUGGGCAUCUUCGGCAGCGACAGCGAGGACGACCACACGCAGCGGCGAUGGAAGCAACGGCAGCCGCUGCGGAAGCAGGGCAUGAGCUUUGUGUCGUCGGGCGCGAAGAAGGCAAGCGAGGAUGAGGAUGACGAAGAUGAAGAGGACGAAGAGGAUGACAAGGACGGCGAUCAUGGCGACAACGACGAAAGUGAAGAGGACGGCCGGUUUGGGCUGAGCAGCGCCGCGCAGCGCGCGGCCGGUGUGCAAGACGGCGAAGACUACACGAAGCAAGACGGCGAGGAAGACGACUACGAUGACGAGACGCCGGGCAUCGGCCUAGGCUUUGGCAGCGUCCGCGGCGGGCUUGGGCUGGGUGCCUCCGACAACGCAUCCAAACCAGCGAGCGGCACCGGCCUUGGCUUCGUGCCGGCCUCUUUCCAGAGCAGUCGAAACGGAGGCCGAAACAGCCACAGCAACCAACGACGACCACCGCCGUCCUUCCAGUCGGCCAGCUCGGCGUCCCACGACGAUGCCGCCAUCGACACGCAAAACCCGCUCGGCCAGGGCUUCGUCCCGUCCUCCGCGUACGACCCCGUUCUCCGCCCCCAAGGCCAGUCAACCAAAGAACCGCCCCUGGUGGCACGACCGAGCGCAUUCUCUUCCAAACCGACACGCGGUGGCGCCCGUGGCGGCGCCCGUGGCGGCAGCAGCUUCAACGCCAAAUCGUUUGGCGCCCGCAUGAUGGCCAAGAUGGGGUUUGUCGAGGGGCGCGGUCUCGGCAGCGAGGGCCAGGGCCGCAACAUUAUCAUCGAGGCCAACCUGCGGCCACAGGGCGUCGGCCUGGGCGCGGUGCGCGAGAAAUCCGAAAAGGAGCGCCAGGAAGAGAAGCGGCAGGCGCGUCUGCGGGGCGAGGCCGUCGUCGACUCGGACGAGGAGGAGAAAAAGGUCAAGGCGGCCGCGGCCGCGCGCCGGAAGAAGGCCUUGGCGAGUGGCGGCAGCGGCAGCGGCAGCGGCGGCACGAACAGCGGCACCAGCACGCCGCGGCGCGCCAAGAAAAAGUACAUGACCAUGGACGAGGCCAGGAGGGCCGCGCCCGGUCUGCACAUUCCCGAAGCGUUUACACCCAUUCUCGACAUGACGGGACCAGGCAAGCGACUGUUGACAUCGUCGUCGGGGCUCAUGACCCCGACCAGCGGAACGGCGGCAGGCACAGCGUCCACAGCGUCUCCGUUUGUCGGUGGCACACCGGCUACAGGCGCAGAAACGGCCGAGCAGGCUGAGGCGCGGAAACUGGCACGACGCGCACAGAGCGAUUUCAUGGCGAUUCUCGAGGAGUGGCAGAGCCUGCAGAACCGCAAGGCGUUUGCCGAGCUGCAGGCACAGCAGGCGCGGCAGGAAUUGGCCGAGCUCGAGGUCAACCUGCAGGCGCACACGGCCAUGACGAGUGCCUUUUCCAAGCUGUCGGUACAACCAGCGGACAACAGUACCACGGCCGGCCGUAAUGGCGACGGUGACACAGUCGAUACAACCAAUACAACCGAUAAAACAGAGACAAACAACACAUGGCGACCGACAUGGGACCGCACGAUUGCGCAGCUGCAGGCCGCUGCCGAGACCAUCCCGCCGGCGUCCAUGAGCGAAAUGAGAGACGCGCUGGCCGACAUUUGCGUGGCGGCCCUCCACCCGCUGUUCAAGCAGGCCAUCGAGGCCUGGGCGCCGCUCCAGGAUCCCAACCAGCACCUGGUGGACGGGCUGCUGUCGAUCCAGGGCUUGCUCGGCUUUGGUCCGGACGCAGCAGCGGCGCGUACGCUGCUCGAGGCCGACGAACCGGCCAGGGACCGCCGCCUCGAUCCCUUUGUCCUCCGCAAGCACAAGGCGGCCACGGCCACCCCCUACGAAGCCAUGAUGUACACGCUGUGGCUGCCGCACGUGUCGGCGGCCGUGCGCACCUGGGACGCCGUGCACGACGCCGACAGCGUGCUCGCCCUCUACGAGGCCUGGCUGCCCGUGCUGCCCGGCUUUGUGCGCGCGCACCUGCUCGAGCAGGACAUUGUGCGCCGCCUCGACGAGGCGGUGGCCAAGUGGGAGCCCAAGCGGCGCCGGCACAGCGCGCAAACGACGCAGAACCUGCCGCACCUCUGGCUCUUCCCCUGGCUGCCGUACCUGCCGGCGCGCCACGUCGACCCGUCCGCCGCCAACGGCCUCGUGGUCCAGGUCAAGCGCAAGUUCCGGCAGCUCAUUGACGUCUGGGAAUUUUACCGGGGCGUAGUGCCGGGUCUGCGGCAAUGGAAGGCCGUUUUGCGGCCCAGCGGAAGUGGUGGCAGUGGUGGCAGUGGUGCCGGUGGUGCCAGCUCGUCCGCCUCGUCCGCGCGCGACCAGUGGCGUCCGCUCGUCAUGUCCCACGUCCUGCCGAGCAUGGCGCGCUACGUCCGCGCCCAGUUCCGCGUCGACCCGCGCGACCAGGCCGGCUACCUGGAGGUGAUUACGGGCGAGUUCCAGUGGCUGGCGCUGCUGGCGCCCGAGAUGGUCGGCGAGGUCAUGGUGGCCGACGUGUUUCCCAUGUGGCACGAGGCCCUGUACCACCUGCUGACGGCCGCGGACGAGUCGCUGGACCGCAUCGGGCAGUGGUUCCAGUGGUGGGCCGACGACGUGUUCCCGGCGUCGAUCCAGCGGCUGCCGUCGGUGGCGGCCGAGUUUGAGCGCGGGCUGGGCAUGAUCAACGAGGCACUGGACAUUGGCGUCGUGGAUGCGACGACGGGUGUCUACGAUGCCGACCGUGUUCGCCAGUUCCUGGCGCCACCCAGCAAGGGGCCGGCCCUCAAGGCGUCGUCGUCGUUGUCAGCGUCCCGCCACAACGGGCACCACAGUCGGCACCACCAUGGCCACCACCGACACGACGGCAAGGAGAUGCCGACAUCGACACCGGCCGCCCCCGAAAACGAAGAAAUGUCCAUCCGCCACUACGUCGAGGAAUGGUGCGAGUCCAACGACGUGCAGUUCAUCCCCGAGCGCAAAAAGGUGCACGCCGAGGGCCGUCCGCUCUAUCGCCUGACCACGCGCGGAGACGGGCGCGGCGGCGUGCUGGCCUACUUCAAGGGCGUGCGCCUUUACGCGGAGACGAAAAAGGGGCCUUUGGAGAUCCGCGUGGACCGGGAGGACGACUGGACAAAGUUGUUGUCCAUGGCGCAGUAG